AUGGUUGCUGCAGUUGUUCGCUCAAUGAAUAGAAGCAAGAGUUCUUGUAGUGAAUUUAAAGGUAGAGAUUUUGCCAACGACCUUCGGUUUUUCCACAUUGCCUACUCUUCUCUUGCUCUUAGUAAUGAAUGCAGAAAUAGAACAGAUUUUAAAAAGCCUCUUAAUGCUUCUUGUGGGAUUUUGAAGAUUAAUGAGGCACAACAAUCUCAAAUCAUUGAAGAUGAUGAUCAGAAAAAUGAAAGGCUGUUGCAGGAGUGCAAAAACUGGAUAUUGAUGAUGCAGGAAAGGGUCUGUCAAGAAACAACUUCUCAGAUUCUCUGCACAGCUGAAAUUGCCAGUUACAAUCCUUUGCCUGCAUAUUACCAGCCAUCAGCUGAAGAAGUGAAUGAGUAUAUCAUUUUUUCAAAUGGUGCCAACAUGUAUUAUUCUGAACUCCCAAGACGAGUUUUGCACAAUUGUUUUCUUUAUGACUCAGACUCAAGGUUUGUUCCCUUAGAUCUCCUCCUAAUGAAGCCUUGGGAUGAAGUAGAUCUGAUAGUUUUUGGACCAGGGAUUAUUAAAUAUGAUGAUGAAACUGGUUUUUAUCAUGGGACUGAACCAGGCCAAUCUUCACCAAAUUCAUUGCCCAUUAAAGAUACUGAUGGGUUUCCAAUUUUUCUUAGUGCCUUGAAGAAAUGGAGGAUAAAAAGGUAUUGGUUUGGGGAAGCCUGCAAAACAAUACAUUUCAUGGUAUGAAGCAGUCUUUAAAAUAGCAAAGCUUGGUAUAAGCAUCAUCACAUUGUUAAGAGCACAGAGCAGCCUUUCAAAGCUUUCAUUUGCAGAUGUACUCAAGAAAGUUGCAGAAUUUGAUAACAAUCAUCCUGUGUUUAUCUGUUACAAUCUAGUGCUGGUGGAGAGUUAUGUGUUGGUUCAUGGACAAUUUAUUCUUCAACUAUUUUCCAAGUUCCUGAUAAGGAGAUACAAAAAUGUGCUUUCUGUCACUGGUCUUUCUGAUGAGAUGCAAGAGAAGCACCAUGGUGCGUACAGAAGAAAAUUUGAAUGCUGAGUGCUGCAGUGAGGGUUCUGUCAAAGAUGAAUUUGAUGCAAGCCACUACUACAAGGUUGAUUAAUGGGAAAUGGGGAGAGUUAUUAUUUAUAUUAUUUUCCGAAUGAUUCAAAACAAGGAGACAUCCCAGGAAGUCAAGAAACAAGAACUUGAGAAGCAUGAAGAGAAUGAAGAGGAAGGUCUGGAGGGAGAAGGUGUCUAAUGAAGAGGAGAAAUUGUCAAAGCCUUGUCCAUCUGCUCAAUCAUGUAAACCCAAAUUUGGACAUGGGGAAGUAAUAUGGAAAGGAGAACCUACUGUAAAGACAUGCCCUGUGGAUGCUUUCAUGGAGACCAAAUUGCUGUUGUUGGGGAAAGCACUGAUAGGAACUGAUGAGUCAGAAGACACAAUGACCAUAGUUUUCUUGGAGUACAUGUUUGAAAAAGAUGGCAUGGAAAUGGCUCUUGGAAGGAUGUGCUGGGUCGGCCAAAUAGAUUUAUCAAGAAAAUGGCUUCUUGCAUAGAUUUAUCUCCAAAAUGCAAGAAAAUGGCUCCUUUUUAGAGCAUGUCUGCUUUGAACUUUUUGGAUCAUUUGAACCUGUCGCACAAACAGUUUGUCAAGCAAAAUUCCAUUCGGUGGCCAACUUUAAACUUUCGAUUCAGCAGCCUAUAAUUGGAAUCAUCAUCUCUGUGGAUGGCCUCUUCAGAACUGUGCUAAUGAGACACAUUACUCCCAAGCUGCAAACAGGGAAGAAGAAGAAGAAGAAGAUUGGCCAGAGAAGUUAUGGCUUUACAUAGGCCUUUCAAUGAGAUUCAUUACUGGCUUCUAGGGUGAUCAUCAGUACCAUUAUCAUCAAGAAAACCACAAGAAUUGCUUAUUUCUGAUCCAUUGACGCAUUUUAGGACUGGAUAAAUGUGAAGACAAUCUUCUACUUGAGAAGACUGAAAUCAUAUUUUCCAAGGAGGAACUAAGCCCAGACUCAGAACUCAAAUUGGAAGAUUUCACUGUGACCAUCUAAAUGUGGCUUGGAUUUCCUGGGAUCAUUCUUUUAGUCGGGCAGGACUUUUCACAACUAUGGUCUCCUCUAAGGAGUUAGCUUAUCUUGCCCCAACUUGUGUUAUUUGGGAUGGACGAUUUACCUCAACCUUGUUAAUGUAUUCCUUUUUCUUGGCUUCACCUUCAUUUCUGAUGGAAGUGUGGUCUCCCCUUACACUAGAUCUACUUCAUUGCGAUGUAUGUAUGGUGUACCUUUUGUUAUUCCUCCCU